AUAGGCUUAUCUUUCAGAGCGAUCUUCGUCCUUGCGAGUUUCGUCUUCGUUUCGUCGGCUCUAAAUAUUCACAAUGUUGUUAAAUCCAACAAAGUCUACACUCUCAACGCUGCUAACCGCGCCAUGAUGAAGCUAACCAAGUCCGGGGAACCCGAAGACUCGAACUUUAACGGUGACUUGUUCGUCGGUGAAAGAGACCCGAACGAUGACGUGUAUUCAUUUUCAGUUGAAUUGGAAAAUCAGUCUUCCUCGGUUUACAAUACAUUCGUCCCUGUGAAGGUGGAAGCAGGAAUUUUCCCUUGGGUAGCUUUAGUCAACGAAAAAGGCAGUUCAGCCGUGUUUUGCGGUCCCGUCGAUGGCAGCAUUAAUACGUCAUACGCCAAUUUUACUGUUCGUAUAAAUCCGGAAAGUAAAGCAGUAUUCAGGGUUUACUGUACAAUUCAUGACGCAUAAUGAAUAAUGGUUUACUAAAUGUUCCCAUUGCCGUUAUGUCUCUUAAUGACCAUACCAAUGAAAUCGAAUGCUGCUGUAUAGAAAUUCUUGAACCUCGAUAAAAAAAAAAAAAAA